AUGCUUCUGAUUAUUGAUAUGUUCAUAGUCAAGGUUUUCUGGGUUCUGGUGAGUAUUACUUUGGAAUUAUUUGAUAUGAAAUAAGAUAAACAGGCUACUGCUGGAAGUCCAUGUUUGAUAUUAUCUCUAAUUGGAACAUUUUCUCUUAUUGGAUCGAAAAAUUGGAAACUAAUUUUCCUGUAUCUGUUCUUUGUGUUCAGUAAGUUCGAAUCAUUUCUUAUCUACGACUACAAGAGAAUUUCCAGGUCUGAUUCCUCAUCUCAUUGUUGUAUUUUAUAUGAGAAAGUACUUCAAGAGUUGUAAAAAAGUUGCUCGUCAGGACGCAGAGAACCAGAAGCUGGAAAACGAGAGGAAACAACAAGAAUCGGAAUUAGAACAAGAGAAAUUGAGAAAUCAAAUGGAAUUGGAGAACCGAGAAGAACAAGUCAUGAGACUCCUGGAACGACAAGACGUUGAGAGAGGUCUACUUCAGGAGCAAUUGGGUCGUGGGAAAUCAAGAACAAAAGUAGAUAACAGAGCGAGAAAUGGGAAGAGAUGAUGAUAACUAAUAGUGCUUGUGUUUCUGUACAUUUAACUUCUUCUGAAAUUAAACUAUUUUCAUCUUCAUUUACCUUUUCCGACGCUACAUAAAGAAGUUUUAUCGAAGCAUUUUCCAACACAAGUUGGUGUAAAUUGCUUCUUGAGAACUCGCGAACAGCGGUCAGAGCUUCACAGCCAAUCUGAAAAAAAUACCAAAAAACUACCAAAAUCUAUUCUAAAGGCGUGCACAAGCAGUUCGGUCUGUUCAGAAGAGGGAUGCAAAACAGUUUUGCUGCGCUUUUCUUUUUCUUUUUCUUCGUCUUUGUCUCAGUCUUAGUUAAAGUCACCCAGUUCUAUAUCUUCUUCUCGCACUGCAAUUUUGUCUAAUUCAAACGCUUGUGUACGAGCGGGAACGCCGAAAUAUUUCGCGCAAGUAUAAUGCAAGUGCGCCCCACCGCACUCGCCCGCCAUUUCUCUCUCAUACUCGCACUUCUCGCCACUCUAUCGCCGAACAUACGUUCCGCGUGCGGUCUUCUCUCAUUUUUUGUAAUUUUCAGUGUUUUUCUCGAUAAUUUCUGUGUUUUCAGGUUGGAAACCGCAUAAAUGAUCACUCAACGAGCACCAUCGGAAAGGGAGAGGUACUUCAAAUCGGUCCGUCGUUUGAAAUCGUUUGUUGCCGCCGAAAACUGACAUUUUCAGGCAAAAUGUCGGUCUCCGCCUAUCGUAGCCAUUACAGUGAACACGAACCGUUUGCUCCCAGGUAAACUCGUAUCGAUUUCAGAGAAAAUGUUUUUUUCCAGCACCUGCUCAAACGAUCGGCGCCAGCGUCUCGAUAUUCUCGUCGCAAAACUCUACAUUUCACGAAAUUCGAAAUAACCUGAAAGAACACGGACCGUAUUUAAAUUCCGGCGAAAACUAUAUAUCUAUUUGACCCGGAGGACUAUUGUCGGACGAUGUUAGCCGAUGUCGGCUGCUAAGAUCUUAUUGAAGAGAAGCUACCUUUUUUGAUUCUACUUACUUGUGACUCUGCAAGACACCCCGGGGUCCCGUAAUCCUACUUUUCAGAGGGCUUUUCAGAGGAUCAGAGGUGAGUUAUCACUCUUGUGUAAUACUUUCAAAAUGGGGACAAAGGAGUGCUGAUCAACUCCAUAAAGAUUACUAUCGUCAAGAAUUUUUUCGACUAUCACUGGAAAAGAAGUUAUUGAAUCCCGAACAUGAAGACUACUUUGUUCUAGUACGCGGAAGUGAGAGGGCUGACCUACUCUUCCGUCUUACUUUCUCACCGUCUCUCAGCGACUGGCCACGACUACCAAUUUGCCAGAACUGAGAGUAAAAGAACCGGAAAUGGAAGAGUUAUUCAUUAUUUUUUAUACCGGCCAGUGAUAGAACUUCUAGCAGAUUUUUGUAAGUUAUCCCUUCAACAAACCCGGUUAAUUAUUUGCUUUCGGGCGGGAGCAGCAGAAAGGAUUGGAAGGCUUAACUCGAGUGAUAAUCGUCGGGACAUUGUCUGAUUUAGAAAGAACAUGCGCAUUGCACGGUUUGUCAUUAUAACUUCCAGGAAAAGUUGCAAGAAAACGUAUGUUUCAGGACGAUGCUGCUGAGACACAAGUAAUAGUGCUUGUCGAUGGAGAUUAUUCAUGUGUGUUCGGACAAAAGAGUCAGUCGGAAAUAUGGACGAUAAUGAGGUAGGCCAGGAGUACAAGUUGUUCUGACGGAAACACAAUGUAUUACAGAGUGGUACCGAAGUAUUAUUUCGACGAACAGCACAAUCGUCAGCUAGAGUAAUAAGCCGGAAUUGGGAGGAUUAUCAAUAAUUCUAGGUAAUUUUCAAACUCAGAAAACCAAGAAAACUAUCAGUUUCAGGCAGAAACAACGGUGUUCAAUGGUUUUUAUUUUUAAGGUCAACGAAAAACGGGACGGAGCUACGGGAAACAAAUUGCAGGUGGGGUUUGGAAAUAUUUUCUUCUUCCGUCUUACUGUAAUUAUAUGAAGAAGGCCCAAGUGGGAGUAAAUGAAAAUAAUAUGCAAUAUUUACGGUAGGAAACAUUCAGAUUGAAUCAUUACUUUAGAGCUUAACUUUUCCGGUACAUGAAAGACAAAUCACGUCAGGCUUAGAAGGACGAUAACCUGUUUGUUCGCACAGAAGAGUCAGUCGGAAAUAUGGUCGACAAUGAGGUAGGCUUAAGGCUGCAACUGUUUCAACGGAAACACCCUUUAUUACAGAGAAGCAUCGAAGGAUUUAUUUGACUCAAGGCGCUAUCGUCCGAAAUAUGUCAAAUGUUGACAGCUGCGAUUAUCUAAAUUAUUAGGAGCAACCAAAGACAUCACGGAUAGUUUUAUUUAAUUCAGUAUAGCCCGCGAAAAACGCCCCGGGCCGCGCAAUUAUUCCGUUCAGGCGCUAUUUUUCAACAGAUAAUGUUAGAGAAAUUAUGACUUUGUGAAGAACUGUGAAACUUUGAUGCGAGGAAGACAAAAUUAUGAUACGAAGAGUGAGAAUUUCUUUCUCGGGCCGCCUAAGCAAACCAAAAACGGAAGAACUCGAUGGAUAUGGUUGAAUGGAAGAUUUGACUAGGAAGACACUUGUCGGAUGAUUUUAGGAGAUGUCGGUUGCUAAGAUAUUAUUGAAGAGGGGCUACCAGCUACCCCUUUUUAUUCUACUACUCUCGUGACCCUGAAAAACCCCGGGGACCAGUAAUCCUGCUUUUCAGAGGUUACUAUCAGAGGUAAGUUAUCCAUUUUGUAUAAGCUUUCCGACAUGGAGAAGAGAGGACCGCUGAGAAAAGUAAUGAAGUUGCCUAUCGAAAAAAAACCGAUUGGAUUUUGGCUUAAACCGAUGGCAUCGAGUUUGUGAUAAGAAGUAACUAUGUGUUGUUGAAUACAAUCGCGUGUGUUAGUUGGUUCGCUUCGAGCAAAAUGAAAGACUCGGCUAGGUGAGAGAUACUCCCGUUGCGAGUAUUUAUUCGACGAUAUUAACAUUGCAGAAUUCGAUUACGGGACUAUUCAUGUCUAUUAGUGUGAAGGACAUGAUUCAGAAAGAUCUGCGAGGAACCAGACACGGAUUGUUAUUCAAACUCGCUGGCCCGUUUCUAUCUGAAUGGGACGUGCCCAGACAAAGAUUAUGCUGGCCCGCCCGGCCCAGCAAAAUGCAGACAGUUCUAUCUUCAUAACAUGACUAGAGUUACACUCGGACAGCGACAAACAAAAUCAACAGAAAGAAGAACAAGAGCGGUGCUGUUCAUGACUGUCAAAGACUUCUGGACGGCACAUUAGCGGUGACAAUUCUCUGGCUCCGGAACCGUUUCUAUGAUGUAUAUUUCAGAGCAGGACGACAGAAGUUCACAUUGUGUUGUGAUCGGGAAGAACGCAAUAAAUAAAACUCAACGGAGUUCAUGUUACUCUACGUUUCAAGCGACUGGCCACGUCUACCAAUUUGCCAGAACCGAGAGUAAAAGGGCCGGAAAUGGAAGAGUUAUCCAUUAUUUUUUAUACCGGCCAGGGAUGGAACUUCUAGCAGAUUAUUGUAAGUUAUCCCUUCAACAAACCCGGUUAACUAUUUGCUUUCAGGCGGGAGCAGCAGAAAGGAUUGGAAGGCUUAACUCGAGUGAUAAUCGUCGGGACAUUGUCGGAUAUAGAAAGAACAUGCGCAUUGCACGGUUUGUCAUUAUAAUUUCAGGAAACGUUGCAAGAAAACGUAUGUUUCAGGACGAUACUGCCGAGACACAAGUAAUAGUGCUUGUCGAUGGAGAUUAUUCAUGUGUGUUCGGACAAAAGAGUCAGUCGGAAAUAUGGACGAUAAUGAGGUAGGCCAGGAGUACAAGUUGUUCUGACGGAAACACAAUGUAUUACAGAGUGGUACCGAAGUAUUAUUUCGACGAACAGCACAAUCGUCAGCACGGUGCCAAACUUUGAGGGUUACGAAGAGCGUAUUAAUGGGAGCAACCGACAAUAUCAAAUACUCUUCAUUUUAUUGCAUAUUCUUCUGUUGCCCCCGCUAAAAAAAUGGGGUUCUGUUAUCCUUCCUUUCAGGUUCAGUUUUUAGACGACGAUUUUUACCGAUUUGACAGAAAAUAGAGUAAUAAGCCGCAAUUGGUAAGAUUAUCAAUGAUUCUAGGUAAUUUUCAAACUCAGAAAACCAAGAAAACUAUCAGUUUCAGGCAGAAACAACGGUGUUCAAUGGUUUUUACUUUGAAGGUCAACGAAAAACGGAACGGAACUACAGGUAACAAAUUGCAGGUGGGGCUUGGAAAUAUUAGAAUGAACAAAAGUGUCAUGGCAAUGAAUUUAGAAGUUUUGUUUUCGGGGAGGAGGCAAAGCUGUUUUGCCGGUUCAGAACAGAGAGCUGUCUGUCGAUCUUCAGACUGGAGUGCAACUCGCUCCAGUGCUCUUCUCCAAGCAAUCCUCGAUAAAGGAGACACGGUGACUGGAUAUCGCAAAUGACGUAAACCACAAAAUAAUCGAAUAUGCCGGCGAUAUCGACGGCUCUGAAGGUUUAGUGUUCGAAGAACGGAUGGAUUCUUGCCACAGUCAGUCACGCACACGGCCCUUGAGAUAAAAAAAAAAGAUACGUUUCAGGAUGUCAAUUCCGCUAACUUGCCGAGACACGGACAGGCUUCAUUCAAUUCGAACAUUCCACUGAGACUGUCGGCUAAUGAAAGAACAUGCGCAUUGCACGGUUUGUCAUUAUAAUUUCAGGAAACGUUGCAAGAAAACGUAUGUUUCAGGACGAUGCUGCCGAGACACAAGUAAUAGUGCUUGUCGAUGGAGAUUAUUCAUGUGUGUUCGGACAAAAGAGUCAGUCGGAAAUAUGGACGAUAAUGAGGUAGGCCAGGAGUACAAGUUGUUCUGACGGAAACACAAUGUAUUACAGAGUGCUACCGAAGUAUUAUUUCGACGAACAGCACAAUCGGAAGCACGGUGCCAAACUUUGAGGGUUGCGAAGAGCGUAUUGAUGAGGAGCAACCGACAAUAUCAAAUAAUCUUCAUUUUACUGCAUUUUAAUUAUAUUCUUCUGUUGCCCCCGCUAAAAAAAUGGGGUUCUGUUAUCCUUCCUUUCAGGUUCAGUUUUUAGACGACGAUUUUUACCGAUUUGACAGAAACUAAGAUUAUCAAUGAUUCUAGGUAACUCGGAAGUGAGAGGGCUAACCUAUUCUUCCGUCUCACUAAUUAUAUGAAGAAGGCCCAAGUGGGAGCAAAUGAAAAUAAUAUGCGAUAUUUACGGUACGAAACAUUCAGAUUGAAUCAUUACUUCAGAGCUCAACUUUUCCAGUACAUGAAAGACAAAUCACGUCAGGCUUAGAAGGACGAUAACCUGUCUGUUCGUACAGAAGAGUCAGUCGGAAAUGUGGUCCACAUUGAGGUAGGCUGAAGGCUGCAACUGUUUUGACGGAAACACUUAUUUAUUACAGAGAGGCAUCGAAGGAUUCAUUUGA